CAAACAAACUUUAGUCACCAAAUUGAGACUGAAGCGAAUGGUUUGAAAUGGGACUGUGUUUGUUGGUGCUUAUUGCAAUCGGUAGCCUCUUCUAUUGGCUCUACCAGAAGAACAAGGACUAUUACGUCCUGGCGUUCUUUGCACCUCGUGUGAGAACCAAGGAUGGUCGUCCUGUGGAGAGCAUUGCUCCUGUUCCCAAAGGCAAAACAAUCUUUGGCAAUUGCUUUGACAUGUAUGGAAAAAACGAUGCUGAAUUUUUUGAGCAUUCCCGCAUUCGAGCCAGGGAAUUGGGUGCCAGCUAUUUGGAAUAUGGCUUGGGUACGCCACUAUACAACAUAAUUGAUGCAGAGAAUGCAGAGUUGAUACUGAACGAUCAGAACCUUAUAACCAAGAGUCUGAUAUAUGAUUUCUUACAUCCAGCACUCCGCACUGGACUGCUCACAUCUACAGAUAAGAAAUGGCACAGUCGACGUAAGAUGUUAACGCCUACAUUCCAUUUCAAUAUCUUGGGACAAUUUGAGGAGAUUUUCAAAGCUGAAAGUCUGAAAUUCGUAAAUCAGUUUCAAGGUCAACGCGAAAGUCUUAUCUCUCUCAGUGAGCUUAUUCCAAGAUUUACACUCAACAGUAUCUGUGAGACUGCGAUGGGCGUCAAACUGGAUGAUAUGGCAGAGAAGGGAGAUCUUUAUCGACAGAACUUUGCUAUGAUUGAAAAAUGCUUUAUCAAACGUUUGAGUAAUCCUUUUUAUUGGAACAAAACUAUUUAUGAGUUGUUUGGAGCAAAGGAAGAUGCUCCUGCACUUAAAGUGGUCCACGAUUUCUCUAGUGAAAUUAUUGCCAAGCGUCGUCUACUUCUCAAAGAGGAGUUGCAAAAUCGUCAAAGUUCCCGAUCGGCAGAUGAUGAUAUUUACAUCAAUAAGAAACAACGCUUUGCCAUGCUGGACACUCUGAUCUUUGCCGAGAAGGAUGGUCUAAUUGAUCACGAGGGUAUUUGCGAAGAGGUGGAUACCCUAAUGUUCGAGGGCUUCGAUACCACAUCCAUUGGUCUCAUAUUUGGGCUGAUGAAUAUGUCUCUUUAUGCCGAUAAACAGGAGCUUUGUUUCCAGGAAGUCUCCGAGUUUAUAGAUGAUGACUUCAGUAACCUGGACGUCAAUCAGAUAUCGAAGCUUAAGUAUUUGGAUUGCUUUGUAAAGGAAACGCUGCGUAUGUUCCCCUCGGUCCCGAUUAUGGCACGUCAAACCGUUCGGGAAACAGAACUAGGCAAUGGCCUUAUUCUUCCUACCGGAUCUCAAAUCACCCUGCAUGUUUUUGACAUCCAUCGCAAUCCCAAGCACUGGGAUUCCCCUGAUGAGUUCCGACCUGAACGUUUUCUGCCCGAAAACUCCAAGGAUCGUCAUACCUAUGCCUAUGUACCCUUCAGCGCCGGACAACGUAAUUGUAUAGGUCAAAAGUAUGCUAUGUUGGAGAUGAAGACUCUGCUCAUUGUUGUACUCAAACAGUUUAAAAUUCUACCUCUCGUGGAUCCCAAAGACUUCGUGUUUAACACUGGCAUUACGCUACGUACCAAGAACAAUAUUAAAGUGAAGUUAGUAAGGCGCUACCUCUUCUAUUGGCUCUAUCAGAAGAACAAGGACUAUUAUGUUCUCGCUUUCUUUGCACCUCGAGUAAGGACCAAGGAUGGGCGUCCUGUGGAGAGCAUUGCUCCAGUGGUCAAAGGCAAAACAAUCUUUGGCAAUUCCUUUGACAUGUAUGGAAAAAACGAAGCGGAAUACUUUCAGGAGUUGCGCAAUGACGCAAAAAAAUUUGGCAUGAGUUAUUUGAGGUAUUCAUUUGGUAUGCCCAAUUACCUCAUAAUAGAUGCAGAAAAUGCAGAGUCAGUAUUGAACGAUCAAAACUUGAUAUCCAAAGCACCUUCAUAUGACUUUCUGCAUCCAGCACUACGCACUGGACUGCUUACAUCUACAGAUAAGAAAUGGCACAGUCGACGCAAGAUGCUAACGCCUUCAUUUCACUUCAAUAUCUUGGGACAGUUUGAGGAGAUUUUCAAAGCUGAAAGUCUGAAGUUCGUCAAUCAGUUCCAAGGUCAAUACGAAACUGUUAUCUCUCUAAGCGAAUUGAUACCAAGAUUCACACUCAACAGCAUUUGUGAAACUGCGAUGGGCGUCAAGCUGGAUGAUAUGGCCGAGAAGGGAGAUCUUUAUCGACAGAACUUUGCUAUGAUUGAGAAGCGAUUCAUAAAACGUUUGAGCAAUACCAUUUACUGGAACAAAACAAUUUAUGAGUUGUUUAGAGCAAAGGAAGAUGCUCCUGCACUUAAAGUGGUACACGAUUUCUCAAGUGAAAUUAUUGCCAAGCGUCGUCUACUUCUCAAUGAUGAAUUGGAACAUCGUCAAAGUUCACAAGUGGCAGAUGAUGAUAUUUACAUCAACAAGAAACAACGCUUUGCCAUGCUGGACACUCUGAUCUUUGCCGAGAAGGAUGGUCUAAUUGAUCACGAGGGUAUUUGCGAAGAGGUGGAUACCCUAAUGUUCGAGGGCUUCGAUACCACAUCCAUGGGUCUCAUAUUUGGACUGAUGAACAUGUCUCUUUAUGCCGAUAAACAGGAGCUUUGUUUUCAGGAAGUCUCCGAGUUCAUAGAAGAUGACCUCAGCAACCUGGACAUCAAUCAGAUAUCGAAGCUUAAAUAUUUAGAUUGCUUUGUGAAGGAAACGAUGCGUAUGUUCCCAUCGGUGCCGGGUGUAGGUCGUCAAACAGUUAGAGAAACGGAACUGGCCAAUGGCCUAAUUCUUCCUGCCCGUUCUCAGAUCACCAUUCAUGUUUUUGACAUCCAUCGCAAUACCAAAUACUGGGAUUCCCCUGAUGAGUUCCGACCUGAACGUUUCCUACCCGAAAACUCCAAGGAUCGUCAUACAUAUGCUUAUAUACCCUUUAGUGCCGGUCAACGCAAUUGCAUAGGUCAAAAGUAUGCCGUGUUGGAGAUGAAGACUCUACUGAUCGUUGUGCUUAAGCAGUUCAAAAUUCUUCCACUCGAAAAUACCAAAGAUUUCUCCUUUAACGCAGGCCUUACACUACGUACCAAUAACAAUAUUAAAGUAAACGAACGGUUCAAAAUGGGACUGUCUUUGUUAGUGCUUAUUGCAAUUGGUAGCCUUCUCUUCUGGCUAUACCAGAUCAACAAGGACUAUGUUGUCCUGGCGCUCUUUGCACCACGUAUAAAAACCAAGGAUGGGCGUCCUGUAGAGAGCAUUGCUCCUGUGGCCAAGGGCAAAACAAUCUUUGGCAAUUCCUUUGACUUGUAUGGAAAGAACAAUGCGGAACUCUUUCAGGAAUUGCGCACUAAUGCAAAAGAAAUUGGCAUGAGUUAUUUGAAGUACUCUUUUGGUAAGCCCAUUUACAUCAUAAUUGACGCGGAGAAUGCAGAGUUGGUGUUGAACGAUCAAAAUCUGAUAUCCAAAGCUCCGUUAUACGACUUUCUACAUCCAGCACUACGCACUGGACUACUCACAUCUACAGAUAAGAAAUGGCACAGUCGACGCAAGAUGUUAACGCCUACAUUUCAUUUUAAUAUUUUGGAACAGUUUGAAGAGAUCUUCAAAGCUGAAAGUCUGAAGUUCGUAAAUCAAUUUCAAAGUCAAUCCGAGACUCUUAUCUCUCUCAGUGAGCUUAUUCCAAGAUUUACGCUCAACAGUAUCUGUGAGACUGCAAUGGGCGUCAAACUGGAUGAUAUGGCCGAGAAAGGAGAUUUUUAUCGUGAGAGUUUUGCGAUGAUUGAAAAGGGUUUCAUCAAACGUUUGAGUAAUCCGUUUUAUUGGAACAAAACUAUUUAUGAGUUGUUUGGAGCUAAGGAAGAUGCUCCUGCACUUAAAGUAGUGCACGAUUUCUCCAGUGAAAUUAUUGCCAAGCGUCGUUUACUUCUAAAAGAGGAGCUGCAAAAUCGUCAAAGUUCCCAGGCGGCAGAUGAUGAUAUUUACAUUAACAAGAAACAACGCUUCGCUAUGCUGGACACUCUGAUCUUUGCCGAGAAGGAUGGUCUAAUUGAUCACGAGGGUAUUUGCGAGGAGGUGGAUACCCUUAUGUUCGAGGGCUUCGAUACCACAUCCAUGGGUCUUAUAUUUGGGCUGAUGAACAUGUCUCUCUAUGCCGAUAAACAGGAGCUUUGUUUCCAGGAAAUCUCGGAGUUUAUAGAUGAUGACCUCAGCAAUUUGGACAUCAAUCAGAUAUCGAAACUUAAAUAUUUAGAUUGUUUUGUGAAGGAAACGAUGCGUAUGUUCCCCUCGGCACCGAUGCUAGGUCGGCAAACGGUUCGGGAAACGGAACUGGUCAAUGGCCUCAUUCUUCCUGCCCGUUGUCAAAUCACUGUGCAUGUUUUUGAAAUUCAUCGCAAUAGCAAUUACUGGGAUUCCCCUGAUGAGUUCCGACCAGAACGUUUUUUGCCCGAAAACUCGAAGGAUCGUCAUACCUAUGCUUAUAUACCCUUUAGUGCCGGUCAACGCAAUUGCAUAGGUCAAAAGUAUGCCAUGAUGGAGAUGAAGACUCUCCUAAUCGUUGUGCUCAAGCAAUUCAAAAUUGUUCCAACCAUUAAUAACAAAGAAAUAGUCUUUAACGCGGGCCUCAUACUACGUACGAAUAACAAUAUUAAAGUUAAGUUUGUAAGGCGAAUAUAAUUGUUUUAAAUUAGUGUUAAGUCAUGAUGAAUAAGCAAGCUUACAGAGCUGAGAACGAUUGUAUUGAUUAUCGUUCAUUAGCAUAUAAAAAAAAGCUCAAUACAAGUUAUAGUAUUUGAUAUAUUACGUUGUUUAAUUACUCAAUGAAAUUUGCUUCAGGUUUUCUAAGU